AUGGCGGCCUCAGCGGAUGUGCAGGCUGUUCUCGCUGCCAUCGAUGUGUUUAGUCGAGCGCUGAGUAAAGUUUCGCUCCAUCAGGCCAACGACUGCUGUGCCAGCUUGACUGAUGUUUGGCCGACAUACAAUGUCCUCCUGCGUACCUCGGAAACGCCCGUCGCAGCAAAACUAUUUACCGCUCCGACUUUUCGUGCCAAGUAA